GCCACGCCCAUUGUUUACUUUCAGCGGAUCAUGAUAGAAGCUUUUAAACAAUGGAAAACACAUAUCCUUAAUGACGUAACAAUCGAUCCGCCAGCCUGACGAGAGCUUUAAAAAAUAUAUAUAUAUUUAUUUCGGAUUAAAUGACAGGUUUGGGAUUAAGCAGUUUAAAGCAGAUUUAAUGGCGUCUUCAGCGACGCUCGGUCAGUUCAUGAGCUCGCUCAGUGAAAUGGGUUUCACUGAGGAACAGAUUCAGGCUGCAGUUCAGGCUGGUUGUUUCUCAGUGCCAGAAGCAGCUGAAUGGAUUGUGCAGGGUGGCGGUCCGAGACACACACUUAUGCCACGGCCCGGACCAAUUACAAAUGCUAUCGCUGCUUUUAAUCCUCCUAAAGAUGCUCGAGGAGCUCAGACAGAGGGAAGAGGAGCUGAUUUGGUGCUGCACCAUCCUACAGCAGAAAGUGAACCCAUAAAGUCUCGAAUAAAGCAGAACGAUGACUUUCUCGCUCAGGAGAGACAGAGAGCAGCAGAACACGCCCGGGCCGAGAGAAAACAAAACACACAGGAGCGAGAGUUAAUCCUGAAAAGAAUAGCAGAAGAUCGCCGUGUGCAGCAGGAGAAACACACCGCCACUCCAAUCGUUAGCGAACCAGAGAAACCCAUUGAACGAGUCCAGUGCAGCACACACACCAACUGUGUCCUAAUGAUCCGUCUCCCUUCUGGCGAGUCUUUGCGAGUGUGUUUUCCGGCAGAUUCACCUCUUCAGGACGUCUAUAACCACGUCACUUCCCUCCAUCCAUCUCUUCCACCCUUCACAGUUUUUCAUGGUUUUCCUCGUCGGCGCUUCAGCGAUACCGACCUGUCACUGACGCUGCACUCUCUCGGUUUAACGCCGAACGCCACGCUAGUCCUUCAGGCCAGCGCUCCUUCUGAUAUCUCCAUCCCUGCCGCUAUCCAUGAUCCUGAACCACCUCGGAGUGACCCUCCUGCCCUGCAGCAGGCAAAUGAGUUACCCCCACCUGUAGCUCCACCCCAGUUUCAACCGCUACACUGGGACGACAUGGUGCAAGCCGGGAUUGUUGAACCUCGUCACCGCUGGGGUCGUGGACAGAGACUGGUAACAGGAGAAGAAGGUGAUGAUGCUGAAGAUGCUGAUGUUCAAGAGCAGGCACAGGAAGAGAUGAUUGCUAUACCUCGUCUUCCUUUCUUCAACGAGUUCAGAGAUCAGGAUCAACAUUACUGGCCUGAUCAGGGAAACCGACUCGGGGACCCAAAUGCGGCAGUAGAUCCAGCACAGGGUAGAGUUUUACCCGGUGAGGCAGCAUUACAGCGUUUACAAAGAAAUGAUCAACAGCAUCAUCAUCAGGAUGAGUCUCUGAUUCCCCUCAAGAAACCAUGCACUGUGCCCAAACUCAUCACCAUGGCAACACAAGCUUCCGUCUCCCUCACCAGCGCACCGUAUAUGCAGUUUGUCAGCAGUUUUUCAUGUUUGACCCCAGAGCUGGCCGAGCGUUUGUUGGGUCACAUGAUCUCAGAUCGCCUGCUGAACCCUAAAACUCUCCAGCUCUUUAUUGGCUGCUCGCUUGGGACGCUAACAUUAAACAGUUACCCGUACACCACCAACACACUGCUGCAGCAACUCAGCACGUUUACGCACCUCACACACCUCAGCCUGGUCAACUCACCACUGAUUACUGAUUGCGGGCUGUCCGUGUUGUGUAAAUUGGUGAAGCUCCAGUAUCUCAAUCUUUCAUCCUGUACUAAACUUACUGACGGAUGUUUAUACCACAUGACAUCUCUCAGGUCCUUGUGUGUGCUGUUUCUGGAUCACACCAAAGUAAGUGAUGCUGGUGUGCUGGUCUUCCUUCAGUCAUCUCCUCCUGCACUCGUUCACCUGAGUUUAAACCAAACCGCUGUCACUGAGGAAACGCUGACUGCACUGCCCGUGUGUGUACCACGGCUGCGCCAGCUCAGCAUAACACACACCAGGGUGUGUGACGUGUCUGCUCUGGCCCAUCUGCCCGAUCUGCAAACUGUUCACCUUGACUUCACUCAGGUUAAGGAAGGAUCACUGCAAUGUCUUUCAACACACCGCAGUCUAACAUCACUCAGUCUUCACGGUGUUCCUGUCAGUAGCGGUGAUCACACACUCGAGAUCCUCUCAGGGCUGAAUCUGACUCAGUUAACACUUCCUGGCCGUCACUCAGUGACUGAUACUGGGCUGUUCUUCCUCUGCACACACACUUUGCUCUCUGAACUCGACCUAAGCGACUACACACACAUUACUAACCAAGGAAUCGCACACUUGGGAAAAAUGACUCGGCUGAAGAAGCUUUCAUUGAGUAACACUCCGCUCACAGAUGUGGGCUUGUCCGCCCUCUCCACUCUCACUCUGCUGGUAGAUGUUUGUCUAAACCGAACAGCUGUGACAAGCCGCGGAGUCACUGACUUCAUCAUUCGCCUGCCUUACCUACAGGUUCUAGGUUUGUCCUGCACACAGGUGGGAGAUUCAGUGCUAAAAGCUUUACCUCGUUGCACUGAACUGAUCAAGCUUAACCUGAGCAAAACGCGCAUCACUGACCGGGGAUUAAAAUUUCUUCAUGGUAUGACACUGAGUCAGGUAAACCUGGACGGGACCGGUGUGACUGCAGGGGGCGUGGUCAACCUGAACUCCGCCUCUUCUCACCUAAUCAGCAUCCGUGCUAAUAACACACGACCGCUCCCUGCUGAACAGCAAAGUGACGAUGAUGAUGGUGGUACUCAUGAAGAUCUGCCAUUACAAUGAGGCAGCUCUAGUCAAGCUAUUAUUGUGCAUGCGCACACACACACACACACACAAAUAUAUCCUAGAGUUUUUCAAUAUAAGCAAAGCCUUUUAAUUUUUUUAUAUUAGUUGCGCUUUCUUAUUCCUGCAAUUUAGGACACAUCUUAAUCAUGCACAUAAUUACAUAGUAAUAGUUUUACUUAUAUUUAAAACACAUACCAAAAUAGCUUUACAAAACACACACAUAAACACACACAAAUGCAAUAAUUUAUUAACAUGAUAUAGUUGCAGAUGGACUGGAUUUGUUUAGCAUGACCCUCUACUUAUAAUCUAGGUUUUGAAGUUACCCAGGAGGCUCUGCCUGAAAGCAAGGGUUUCAGCACCCAUAGAAUUCAAAGAUAGACUCAUUUACAGAUGGUAUUACUGCAUGAAUGAUGUUAUUUUUGCUAAAUCUUUAGGUAAAGAUCAGUUCAGGCAGUCUGCCAAAUCACUGAAAACAUGCUUACUUGCAAAUAUCCCAUUAGUUAGGUACAUUUAACAUUUUACUCAAUAAACUGUGUAACUAGAGUGCAUUUAGAGUAUUAUAAGUUGUGCCAUGCUAUUCAGAAUUACAGAGUUAAAUUUGUUAAUUAUAAUUCUGUAAUUAAUAGAUUGGUUGGUUGAUUGAUUGUCUACAUCAAAGCAAAUUUUAAGAAUCAGCUCAAGAAACGGUAUUUUACACAGUACUAAUUAUUUAAGACUGUUAAGCCUGAAUCUGCAAAAUGUUACUUAAUAAAAUCUAUAUUUUUAGA